AUGAAGAGCUUCACCCUGAGAUCUCAGUUCUACACCCCAUCUCACAUUAAUCUCAUCGCCAAUAGCCCUUCGUUUCUCGUCUCCUCCAAAACGAAAUCACCAUCUCUCUUAAUCAAAAAACCAAAGUCCUCAUCACAAAUCACUAAAUCCCCAUCAAGAAUUAAACUUUCUAAUAGACCCCUGUUGAUUGAAUCAGAAACAGUCAAAAUCACAGAAAAACCCAACGGCUCAUCUUCAAUUGAAAAGUUAUCUGGAGAUGAAGAACUUCACCUCUUAGACUUAUCAGCAGAAACAGAGAUAUUCAUCCCGUUUGGCGACAAUUCGAGGUAUGUGAUAGUAGGAGCUGUGUCCUUAGGGUUCAUGAUGCUUCUUAUGGGUUCCGAUAACCACCAAACGGCAUUAGCUUUUGGCCCAGAAGGGCCAUUGAUGGAAGAUUUUUGGGAUAACAUGAGAAGAUAUGGGCUUUAUGCAUUGACUGUGAGUACUGGUGUUCUAUAUGCAGUUUUUCAGCCUCUUUAUGAGUUAUUGAAGAACCCCAUUUCAGCCAUUCUUGUUUUGACAAUUCUUGGAGGUGGAUUUUACAUUGUUACUCAAGUGGUUUCUGCCAUGAUUGGUAUCAACGAGUUUAGUUAUGAUUAUUAUUACUAG